UGCGGCUGUGUUAGCUCCGUGCGUCUUUAGUGUCUGUGUGAGUGCUUUAGCGGAGCCUUAAAGCGGACAGAGCACACUGAAACAUGGCACAAGUGAAGCUGAAGGAGGAGCCGGAGCUGUGGGAGCCAAAGGAGCCGGACAACAGAGGGAUGGAUCUGACCUUCAGAAACCCCAUGCGCAGAGGUGCUCAGACCCUCUCAAACAAGCCUGGUCCCAGUCUGGUCCACAUCAAAGAAGAACCUGAGGAGCAGGGGAUCCACCAGGAGAGAGCGCUGGAGAGCCCUGUCAUCCAUGUCAUAGUCAAGAGAGAAGAGGAGGGAGAUGAAGAGGGAGAGGAGGAGGAAGAGGAGGGGCGUCUUUAUACGUGGGAGAGAGAGGAAAGGGAAGACCUGAGACCGGACCUGAGACCGGACCUGAGACCGGACCUGAGACCGGACCUGAGACCGGACCUGAGACCGGACCUGAGACCGGACCUGAGACCGGACCUGAGACCGGAGUCCAAGACAGAUCCUGACCUGGACCAGUCUCUGGAAGAUGAGUAUUUUAACUCUUCUUUUGUGUCAAGUCCAACCGCCCCCGAGCUGCUGGAGUCAGAGCGGCAACUGUCUGCACCUGUUGUGAAGAAGAGAGGGCAGGCACGGCCGCACAAGUGCCCCGAGUGCGGGAAGGCCUUUCAGUACAUGGCCACCGUGAGGCGCCACCUACUGACGCACACAGGAGAGAAACCAUUCAGUUGUUCGCUCUGUGCCAAAACUUUUACCCAAGAAACCAACCUGAAAACGCACAUGAGGAUCCAUACAGGAGAGAGACCCUUCAGUUGUCCGCUCUGUGAGAAGACCUUUACAGACAGGAGUACUCUGAAGUCUCACACCAGAGUGCACACCGGGGAGAGGCCUUUCAGCUGUUCAGUAUGUAACAAAUGCUUCUCGCGCUCCAAUCAUCUGAAGGUGCACAUGAUCAGCCACGCAGGGCAGGGACCUUUCAGCUGUUCAGAAUGUGGGCAGGAAUUUUCCAACAACACACUUUUACACCGACAUUUACCCAUUCACAACAAAGAGAAACCUUUCACCUGUUCAGUUUGCAGCAAAUCGUUUUCGCGCCAGGACCAUCUAAAGUCCCACAUCUCCACACACUCCGGACUGAAACCUUUCAGCUGUCCCUUUUGUGAGAAAUCGUUUUCACGACAGACUCAUCUGAACUCACACAUGCUGAUUCAUGUGGGCGACAAACCUUUCAGCUGUCCAGUGUGCGAAAAAAGGUUUUUACGGAAAUGUCAAGUGAAGAGUCACAUGAUUGUCCACACAGAGGCACUGUCCUGUCCAGAGACGCUUCUUCAGACCAGCCCCAGUGAAUAUGUGGUCUCAGAGCUCAAACAGUAUAGAGACCUGGCCAUCCUGGAAGCCCAUCUGCUCAGGGGAAGGGGCCUGGCUCCCAUCAAACACAGAACAAGCCUCCAUCAAUCCAGUGCAUGUAUGACCGAUGAGCUCAAAGAGGACCCAGACUGCAGAGAUGACCAGAAUCCAGAUGAGGAACACUCCAGUCUGAUCAAGAUUAAAGAAGAACUAGAGGAACAGAAAGUCCAACAGGAGCCGGUGGAAGCAUUCCCAGUGAUUGUCUCUGUGAGGAGUGAAAAAGAGGAGUGCAUGAAAGAGGAGAGCAGAGAGAAUGGAGAGGAUGAAGGGGAUGAAGAGGAGGGACGAGACAGAGACACACCAGCAGAUUUAGAGGAACCCUCAGAGUCCGAGAGUGAAGAACAUUUUUCCACGGAUACGGACGACUCCGAAGACUGGACCACUGCGGAUAACACUCCGCACAGACGAGCUAAAGUAAAGGCCAAGAAGGAACCAGGAAGUCAACUGAAACGGUGUUCUCAAUGUGGAAAAGGGUUUCCCACAAACAAAAGGUUAAAAAGUCAUGAACUCACUCAUUUGGAAGAGAAACCAUUCAAAUGUUUAGUCUGUGGAAGAGGGUUCAUCAGAAGCUGUAAACUAAAAGUCCACAUGAGGAUUCACACAGGAGAGAAGCCGUUCAAAUGCACAGUUUGCACUAAAGAAUUUAGAACCAAAGACCAUGUAAACCUGCACAUGAGGAUUCACACGGGCGUGAGACCUUUCAGCUGUUCCAUUUGUUCUAGAACAUAUACACAAAGGCAGAGUCUAAAGAUGCACAUACUAACGCACAAAGGGGAGAAACCACACAAGUGUACAGUGUGUGGAAAGGCCUAUGCUGAGAAGAAGAGGGUCAAACUUCACAUGAGGGUCCACACAGGAGAGCGGCCAUUCAAAUGCACGCUCUGUGGGAGAGACUUCACAGAGAAAGGGCAUCUGACACAACACCUGAAAAUCCACUCUGGAGAGAAACACUUCAAAUGCUCCAUCUGUGCAAAGGCUUUCCAAGUGAAGACUCAACUCAAAACGCACAUGAGGACACACACAGGAGAGAGACCUUUCAGGUGUUCAGUUUGUGGCAUGGCUUUUAAACAAAGCGGUGGUUUAAAUGAACACAUGAGGAGCCACACAGGAGAGAGACCAUACAGCUGUUCCUUUUGCUCAAAAACAUACGUUCGAAGGAAGUCCUUAUUAAAACACAUGAGGAUCCACUCUGGACUAAAGUGUCUGAUUUGUGAAAAAGGUUUUGCUGAAAAGAAAUCCCUGGAAUUCCACAUGAACAUCCGUCACACAGGAGAGAGGCCGUUCCAUUGCACAUUUUGUGACAAGGACUUUGUGGCUGAGUGGUGGUUUAACAAACACAUGCGUAUUCACACCGGAGAGAAACCUUUCAGCUGUCCUUUUUGUGCAAAGAAAUUUAGAACAAGGUGUAAACUGAAGAGACACACCAAAAUCCACACAGGAGAGGUGCCUUUCCGGUGUUCCAUUUGCUCCAAGGAAUUUGCGACAGAACCGGGACUGAACAUUCACAAGAACAGGCACGCCGCAGACAAACCCUUUGAAUGUGGGAUCUGUGCUCAGAGCUUCUCCUCAAAGAGCGCUCUGAUCAUUCACCACAAAGUGCACAAAGGAGACCGACUCUUUAGCUGUUCAGUUCGGUUACACAAAAUGGAGGUCUAAUGGGGAGUUCCAGGCAACUGGUAACUGGGAUAUUUCCCUCCUCCGAUUUGAAAAAAUGCCCUGGAACCCUGUUCGAACUGCUAAUUACCUUUGGUGACGUGGGAGGUGAUCGGAGGAGAUCGGAGGUCUCCCUCUUCAGAUCCGAGUCACGCCAUGAUGUUAUAACAAUGUAAAUCACCACAAACAUGUGACCUAACACAUAAACCAUGUAAACACUUGGUACAGAUUAAUCUGACAAUGUUCUGUAUUUUAAUAAGUUACACAUAUGUGUUUAAUGUUUACGUUUCUUUAGCGUAUGAUUUAACCUUAGCCAUAUUGUUUACAUAAGAGGUAAUUCAGCUGGAAAGGUCUGAGGUCGCAACUCGGAAUGUUCAACUGAGAAAAAUCCAACCUCCCAGUGUCUGGAAGACUGCAUUACUCUACAGGAGGUUUGUAUCGGACUCACAGGCGAAAGACCAAUCAGAUAUAUUUAUUUGAGUUUAUUACAUGUGCAGUAGUUCUGCUCUAAUGGCAAAAUGGUAUAUUAAAAGCAGAGGUCAUUUUGUUUGCUUUUUGUGGUUUCCUUGUUUAAAUUCCCCACAGCCUGACGAGCC